AUGGCGGCGCCCAGCUCUUUCCUCAACUGUGAGGAGUACGCCGAGUUCCAGGUAGGAGACGCGGCGGCGGCGGCGCGGAGGGAAAGCGGGGAGCGGGGGUGCCUCGUCGGAGCGGGCGGCCCGGCUCUGCCGUCACGGCCGGAGAGGCCUCUGCCUGAGGGGGACCGAAGAACCGGCUGCCCAUUCAGCGCGGCGGCAGCGCCCCCUUCCCGGGCCGGCGCUCGCCCUCUUCCUCCGCCGGCCGAGGGGGCGGCAAGGGCAGCCAGGGUCGCCCGGCUCCCGCGGCCUCGGAGGGGAAGCUGGCUGGGGCUCGGAGCCGCCCGGGGAGAGGGAAGGGGCUCCGGCAGUUUCCGCCCGUGCCGCUCGGAGGGCAGCCGGGGAAGGGGCGCCGCCGGGAGAGGGACCAGCCCGAGCCGAAGCCUCCGCUGCCUUGGAGGGCCACCUUGGCAGAAGAAGGAAAAAGGCUCAAGGAGUCAGAAAUCCCACACAAAUCCGGAGUGGAGCCUCUUCAGACGGGGCCAGAGGGCGCCUUGUAACGCCCCCUUCAGGCAACUCCUGCAGCCCAGCUGGUGCCAAAUAUUAUUAUUAUUAUUACAGUGGUACCUCGGGUUACAUACACUUCAGGUUACACACUCUGCUAACCCAGAAAUAGUGCUUCAGGUUAAGAACUUUGCUUCAGGAUGAGAACAGAAAUCAUGCUCCAGUGGCGCAGUGGCAGCGGGAGGCCCCAUUAUCUAAAGUGGUGCUUCAAGUUAAGAACAGUUUCAGGUUAAGUACGGACCUCCAGAAUGAAUUAAGUUCUUAACCCGAGGUACCACUGUAUUAUUAUUUCCCCAGCCACUCUGAGCGGCUACAACAGAAUACAGUGGUACCUUGGGUUAAGAAUUUAAUUCAUUCUGGAGGUCCAUACUUAACCUGAAACUGUUCUUAACCUGAAGCACCACUUUAGCUAAUGGGGCCUCCCACUGCACAAUUUCUGUUCUCAUCCUGAAGCAAAGUUCUUAAGCUGAAGCACUAUUUCUGGGUUAGCAGAGUCUGUAACCUGAAGCGUCUGUAACCCGAGGUACCACUGUAUUAGUAGUACAGUCAUACCUCACGAUGAAUACACUUCAGGUUAGGCAAAUUCAGGUUGCGCUCCACAGCCACCCGGAAGUAACGGAGCGUGUUACUUCGGGGUUUCGCUGCACACGCAUGUGCAGACCGUCAAAAUGACGUCAUGCGCAGAAGCACCGAAACGUGACAUGCGUGGACACGGGUUAUGUUUGCUUCGGGAUGCGAACGGGGCUCCGGAACGGAUGCCAUUCGCAUCCCGAGGUACUACUGUAGUAAUAAUAAUAAUAAGUGAUAAAACAUCAAACAUUAAAACCUUCCCUAAAAAGGGCUGCCCUCAGAUGUCUUCUAAAAGUCAAAUAGUUGUUUAUUUCCUUGACAUAUGAUAGGAGGGCGUUCCACAGGGCGGCGCCACCACCGAGAAGGCCCUCUGCCUGGUUCCCUGUAGCUUUGCUUCUCGCAAUGAGGGAACCGCCAGAAGGCCCUCAGAGCUGGACCUCAGUGUCUGGGCUGAACGAUGGCGGUGGAGAUGCUCCUUCAGGUAUACUGGGCUGAGGCCACUUAGGGCUUUAAAGGCCAGCACCAACACUUUGAAUUGUGCUCCGCUUCCCUUUGGACCACAGAGGUGCCAGCCUGGGCACCCCAGGACCUCCAUGCCCGCUGCCCAGGCUUCCACCCUUAGACUCAGCAACUGUAACUGUCCAGUGGUUUGAUUUCAUCCCCACACGCCCUCUUCCAUUCUCUCUCCAGAUGGAUGCCAACACAUACAUUGGUGGUGGUGGUGCUCCUACUACAAAGUGCGCACGUUGCUUUGUAGAUUGCUCAGAGCAGCUCCCUGAAAAACAACAGCCCUGCAAAGGAGAUCGCUGUUAUGUCCAGACGACUCCCCAUUUGUGUGGGGGUUGUGUUCUGAGACACCUCUCACAUCAGUGGGAUGCACAUAAGCCCCGUCCUGCCCCCUUCCGGUGCCAAAAACAGCACAUGCAUCCAUGGUCCCAUGUGUGUUGAAUGCACACGAACAGGGAGUUGAGUGUAUUUAUGCAUACUACACACACCCACACACACCCCUCUACCUUUUUUCCCAAUAACAGGGACUUGGAUAAAAAUAAUAGCUAGAAACAGGGGAGUGGAGAACCCCCAAUUGUUUUUUUUAAAAUGGGCAGAAGAUUCCUGCAUUUGCAGGGGAUUAUUACUAUUAUUACUAUUGUAAUUAUUAAAUUUUAACCAUUCAUUCAUUAAAUUAUAAUUAAAUUGGACUAGAUGACCCUCAUGGUCCCUAUGAUUUUGUGUUUACUGCUUGCUAAAGCCUGGGAAAUAUGUAUCAAUGGCCACUGUUUGCCAGUGGGAAAAGAAAGCAAAUAACAAAGUAAAUGAGAAUGAAAAUGUGAAAACAGUAUAUGAAAAUGCCCCCUCCUGCGAAUGGAUUUAUGAAAUAUUGGAGUAAGAUGAAACAAAACAUCGUUCAACUAAUUCAGCAUUUGUUUAUUACUCUAAGGGUUUGUUCCUUUUUUCACAAUGUGACCCGAAGCAGCUUGCUUAUGUUAAAACCAAUUCAGAACAUUCCAUAAAAAUUGAAAAACAGAUCAGGAUAUUCUGAUCUCAUCCUACUAAAAGAAGCCACUGUUCCACCCUUCAAAUUAAGGGCCAAAUACUAGGUAAAGUGAAAAGUAUUUGCCUGGUACCUAAAACUAGAUAAAGGUGGCAUCAGGUGUGCCUCCCUGGGGAUAGCGUUGCACAAGUGGGGCGCCACCACUGAAAAGGCCACAUCUCAUGUUGCCAACCUCCUGUGGAGGAGGCGCAUGAACGAAGACCUCAGAUGAUGAGUACAGGAUCCAAGUCAGUGGUGAGGAGCCUUCAGGUACUGAACAACAUAAGGCUUUAUGGGUCGAAACCAGCACUUUGAAUUGAAAUUGGUAGCCAGUGCAUCAUUGUCAUAUUUUAAGACUGCCCUGCCCCGUUUAACAACCUAGCCACCAAAUACCAGCUGCAAUUUCUUUGAAGUGUCUUCAAAGACAGCCCAAUGUAUAAUGCAUUACAGUAGUCCAACUUAAGAGGUUUCCAGAGUAUAGACAACAAAAAUUCGACUCUCCCUGUUCAGAUAGGAAUGCAGCUGGAUCACCAGUCGAAGCUGAUAGAAGGAACUGUAUUGAUGAUGUUUAGAUAGCGUAUAUGUAUGUGCUAGGGGCUGCGCCCCUGCUCACAGCGCUCACCAACCCCUCUGCUGUUCCUGUUACAUUAUUACCCCUUCUCACCCCAUGCAACUACUAAAUUCCCUUUUUACCUUUCCAGUCCCAUUUCUGCCCUUCUCUCUUCUGUUCUGCCGCACCACUUUGCACCACUGUUUUCACCUUCACUUGCUUGCCCAUGCCUCCCCUCCCUCCUUAUGUGCACUUUGUGGAAGUAAUAUACCUGGAAUGGAGGUUUUCAUAUCUCUUUUUAAAAAAAUAAUGCUGCACAUUAAUAGGUCAGACGCAGAAUUUAAUUCUAGGGGAAAUUUAGGGGUGAGUUGUCUUGUCUGUACUUGUUUCCUUUCAGGCCUUAAUUUGGUUUAUGUUCAGUAUUUUCUGGCUAAACCAACAUGCAAAUCAGUUUGGGUUAGGCUGUAAUAAUUAGGAAUAUUUAAAUCCUAAAGAUUUAAAUAGUAGUACAUCUUUAUAGAACAUACUUCCCGGGUUUUUUUUCUUUUUCACUCAAGCCUUAGAAUCAACGUGUCUGUUUUUCUUCUACAGGAGUUGCUCAGGGUGAUGAGAACCAUCGAUGACAGAAUAGUCCAUGAGUUAAACACCACUGUCCCAACAGCUUCUUUUGUAGGAAAAGUUGAUGCUAGCAAAACGUGUAAAGAACUUCAUCAGUCGGUAAAUGCAUUUGUUGCCGUUCUAUUAUUUGCGUUUUGGUUUUUAACUCAUAAAAUGUGGUAAUAGACAUGUCACUCAUUAAUGCCAUGCUACAUAGUGAGUAUGUUUAACUACUUCAUUCUCUGGAAGGACGUUGUUACUGCUUUUGUCACUGUCAAGAGGUAGGUUCAGGCAGGGAUAGUUAUAAAUUAUUUUAAAGUCUAAUAAUAAACAGAAGUACAAAAAAAAAUUUGGGGGUAAACCCUAAGAGAUAGGAGGAAUGCGCAAAACAGAUUAAUAAGGACUGAGUGUGCUCAGUGGGCACAAAAUUCUGAGUGGCUUUUGGGGGGCAGGGGAGAAGGAGGAUGGGGGAAAUGGACUAUUCUGGAAAAGAGUAUGGCUGACUGGAACUUGGAAACCUAUGCUGCAACAUUUUAUUUCAAGCUUCACUUGUAAUCAAUAAUCCCCAUGACGAGUUAAUAAUAGUUAACCAUAAAUCUGACAAGUCUGGCAUAGUGAAUGUCUUAGAAGGCUGUAGUGCUGCUGAAGUUAAGCAAAUUGGAACUGUCAUUCCCCUGGACAGGACACCAGUGGGAGUCCCAUGGAACAGUAGAAUAGAAUAAUAUUUAAUAAUAAUAUAAACUAAAAAGUUUUACCUUUCUGUGUGUUCUCUCUCUCUCUCCAUGGCCUCCCUUCCUUCAAGAAUGAGUCUUGUAACUGCCUCUCACUCACACUGGCUCCUUCCUCCAAAUACUGUCAGUAUCUUUCAAUGCUCCUUUCAGUCUCAGGCGAGUCAGUACCAGUGUUCUCAAUGAUCUGGGCCUUAUCCUGUAUGAAAAGGAAUCUGUCCCCACCCCACUUAUGGUCUUAGUGCCUUUCUAAGACAGCCUCUUAAACAGCUUUCUGUAUUUUAAGUAAAUUAAAUUGAAAUAUCUUAAAUUGGCUUUCUGUCAUUUUAAAUAGCAUUAUAUUAUGGGUUCAGAGGCUCGCUCUUCAUUUUCUUGUUUACGCCCUUUAGCAGUGCUCUUAACAAGGAUGUACAAUAAAAGUUGAGAGAACCUUUUUACACAUCAGGCAAUGAAUUCUUACUGGUGCAACCAGCAGGAUAUAGUCUACCCUGGAGAAGCAGCCUAAGGAGCUCUUGAAACUUCAGGGUACAUUAAAAGUUGGAAAGGUAGUUCUGAAUGUAUCUCGUGUACAACAUUUAAAUAUGAGAACUGUAUGUUGCCACUCUCCCCUCCACUUACCAUUUCAAAGAAAGUGAACAGGAGUAGAACCAGUUCAUGAAAGCUGUAUUAUUCUCAAGCAGUGAGGAUUUCUCUCUAGUAUCUAAAUUGACAGACUUUUUCCUUGCUUUCUGCUGCGGCAGAAAUUUUCCAUUUAAAUUUCUGCAUAACCUCUAGGGUAUCACUGACUGCACAGUUACUGGGUGAGCUGUAGGUUUUCUGGCUGCAUUUGUGAGUAGGAAGGCGAGAAAGCUGGUUGGGAGUAAAAUGAUCUUGUGGAACAUCCAUUGCAUGCACGUUGAAAGAUUCACAUUCUGUACAAAAAUCAUUCAAUUUAUUCCUUGCUUCUAACAGGUGAUUGGAUAGCUGACUCUUUUCUUUUCACUAUUUAUUUAGCUGGCACAGGCUCAUGAAAGCAGAGAGAGAAUAAUCAAAACCUGUAUUGCCCAAGCUUCCAGUGUAGUAGAAUCUUUGCAGGAAGAGAGGAGGAAAUCUCUGGAGGAUACGGCACUGUUAAAAAGGCUCAGGAAAGAGCAGACAAAGGUGAGUGGAAGAGUUUUAAGACUUAUUUCCUUGUUAUUAUUAUAUGAAAAAUAGUGUACAAUUCAUAAUCGCAAGCGGAAAAAAGAUAGUACAGUGGUACCUCAGGUUACAUACGCUUCAGGUUACAGACUCCGCUAACCCAGAAAUAGUACCUUGGGUUCAGAACUUUGCUUCAGGAUGAGAACAGAAAUCGUGCUCCGGCGGCACCAGGAGGCCCCAUUAGCUAAAGUGGUGCUUCAGGUUAAGAACAGUUUCAGGUUAAGAACGGACCUCCGGAACGAAUUAAGUACUUUACCCGAGGUACCACUGUACAUGCAGGUCUUGCUUACUGAACGUAGGCCUUUCUGUCUGGCCCUUGGGAGAUUUCCCUGGCCCCUCUCCCUCUCACCAGUCCCAUCCUUUCUCCUCAUACUGCACCCCUUAUCAGCCUUGCACCCCUUACCAACACUUCGUAAGUGUUUUGCCUGGCUAAAAUAUGCCCUUGAGCCCUGAUGACGUUUCUUGCAUUGUCAUGGAUGGAGGAUAGAGGGUGUGUGCAAGACUGUGCAGAAAACAGCCUACUGUACAAAGGCAAGGGAACCUGCCCCUCCGUCCAAAAAAGGUUCCCCAUCUGCUUUGUGGCCUCUUGGACAGGGAAAAAAAAAUCCCCUUCCACCAGUGAAAUGUUCUAAUAUCUGUUCAAGGCCAGGCUCCCGAUACCUAUGUUAAAUUCACAUAUUUGCAUGGAAAGGUUCACUUGCUGGAUGGUAGGGUCUGGACCACUACUAGUUAAUGUUCAGGGAUCUUCAGUGUUUGCCAUAAUGUUUUUAUUUACAUGAAUAAAUGUUUCAGCUUCUACAUGGUUUCACUGGAUAAUAAAGAACAUGAUCCAUGUCAGUCUGCUGCUGAUAGGAACCCAUCCAUCUUGCCAAGCUCCUAAUGCAGAGAGUACUUACCUUCUUUCCUUUCUCCCACAGUUGAGAUUAAUGCAGUCAGAGCUGAACGUUGAAGAAGUGGUAAAUGAUAGAAGCUGGAAGGUAUGGCAUCCUCUUGACUCGAGAUUUCGGAUCUCUGUGUGAAUAUUUGUUCGAUGCAACACAUUAAGACUGUGAUGAGAUGAAGCGUGAUGAUGCAGGCUAGGUUAAAAUAAGGAGCGGAGUAGAAAUGCUGUGAAUAAGCAGUUCUCAAACUUGUUUGGCCUGCUGCUCACUUUUCAGAAAAAAAUACAUACUCAGCGCAUUCUGCAAAUCUACCUUCUUAAGCAAAGAAACAGAAAGAUGCAGCGACAAAUUUGGUUCUUUUAUGUAUCUGUAUUUCUACGUCCUGCAACAUAGUAAAGAAAGAUGUUGUAAAUAAGACAUCUUGAAGCUUGAAAUUAUAAAAUUAUUUAUAAAAAUCAACCAUAGUAUCAUUCGCACUACACACAGAAAACUAAGAUAACGAAAGAUAAUAUUAAAAUAAAAAUUAACAAUAACAUGAAAAAUAAUGCUAAUGAGAAGGAUGAACCUGGUGUGCUGCUAUCAGUUUAUUAAUGUUUGGUUCUGCAAAGUGGACUAGGCCCCAGGAUUAAAAAACCCAUGGGGCGGAGCAGAGUGAAGCCUUCCAACUCGGUCUGAUCCACCCCAGGGGCAGGUCCAGCACCUCAGCCCGCCUGCCAUUGGCUGAAUAGGCAGGCAAGCUGCAAUUCACUUCCGGGGCUUGAGGGAACCUGAAAAGGGUUCACCCAAACCCAGGUGUCAGGCUUUGGGGGAUCGGGUCCCUCCCCCGGUGGCAGUAAAUAAGCAGAUGAAACAAAAGGAGCAUUCUUACCAGUUAGUUUAUUUAAUAAUCACAGUGAGAGACAAAGGAAUGCAUCUCUCUCUAGAAAUGGUAUUGCUCCCAGUUAAGGUUCACCCCCUCCGUCCCCCUUAAUCUAUGUCACUCCUAUGCCAGGUAAUCUAAGCUUAUUGUCACUGCGCUUUCUGUUCUAUCACUAUCAAAAGCCCGUCUAGUCUUAGGCGAAGAGGGGAAUCUGCCAGCUGUCUCUCUCCUGGCGUUUCCUGUUCUAGCUGUUCCUCACCCAGUAUUUCCCAGCUUUCCCCCUCUGGACUAUUCCCCUCUGCAAACCACUGUUCUAAACCAAUACUGCCCUCCUGCCCUUGGGAAGGUUCAGGACAAUGGGGGGGGGAGCCCUCCCACCAUUCCUCCUCAGUCCAGUCCCUGACACUGGGGAAAACCCCUCGCUCCGGAUCCAGGCGAGGCAUCGUCACCGUCCCACAGUGGCGCCCAACCUGGUGGUAAGCAUCAUUGCACAGCAGAUGAAACCCGUAUGAAUGGUUUUUCAAAUUUUUCUUCUUUCUUUAUGCUUUUACUGCCCCCUGUUUUUAUUCAACACCCCCCAAUUGCAGCUGAGGCUACUACCGCCCCCCUGGAUCGUAGCAGCUCCCCCCCCCCCAUGGGGUGGUAUUGGCCACUAUGGGAAAUACUGCUCUAAAUAAAUAAAACAAAUAGUCUAGGUAUCUAAGAUGGACACAAAACAGAUGAGAACAAUAAAAAUGUAACAAAAAAUAUAAAACAAAGCACAUUUUAUGUAUGGAUAAAUCUGUUGGCAACAUAUGCAUAGUUGAUUGGACUGUAAUUAAUCCUUUAUUUUGGGGGGUAAAGUUUUAUUAGUAUUAUAUAAUUUUAGAAUGCAUAUAAAACAGAGAUUAAAAAUAUAACAACAGUCAAAAAUUUAAAGAUGAAAAACAAAACUAUAAAAUAUACACACAUGCGUUAAUAUAACAAAGUCCAAGUAAAGGCUAUCAGCUUUAUCAGAUCGGCAAGCAUAGUUCCAGAUUUGCCAGGCUUGUGACGAGGCUUGUCUUGAGAAUGGUGGUUCUGCUUUAUGCUUCUUAAGGGACUGCCAGAUCGUAUAAAAAUGUUUGGAGGUUCUUGUCCUUGUCAAAAUCUCAAAUUAUGCAUGAUUUUCUCUAUUAGAGCUAUAUUCCAGAGUGGGCGGUAUCAGGCGUCCAGUUUAAGAUUUGGGCUGUUUCCCAUUGAGUUGCGAUUACUGGAGGAGGAGGAGGAGGAGGAGGAGGAGGAGGAGGAGGAGUAAUAAUAAUAAUAAUAAUAAUAAUAAUAUAUUUAUACCCCACCCAUCUGGCUGGGUUUCCCCAGCAUUUUGCUCCCCAGCAGAUUAGGUGUUUUGAACAUUCAUUGCACCCUUACUUGUAUUAACAAUAUUUAUUUCAAGAACCAAUCCCUCUGUCUUGGUGUCUUAGGUAUUUAAUGAACGCUGCAGAGCUCAUUAUAAGCCUCCGAAGAGUCAGUGA